ACAUUUCUGAAUGGAGGUGCAGACCCCUUUGAAAAUUUCAAAUGGAGUGACAGACCCCUUUGAAUUCUGUGAAUGAGAGUGUCUCCUGCCAGAUCCUGCAGCAAAUGUUUGACCCUGUAUGUAUGACCUUGAUGGAAAAUGGGACAAAAAUCCCAGCAGCCCAGGGCAACAUCCAACGGCCCCAUGUGGAGUGACUACACAAUGCAGCAUUGUAAGAAGUGGCAUUUAGGAAGUGACCGUUCUGAGCCUUUACCCUUCGAAUAUCCUGCAGAGAUUGGCAUUUCUGCACCAGUGGUAUACUUCGUGGAUUAUGUCUCCAACUGUAUCUAUCUGGAAGAUAUUGUAGGAUCGAUGACGGUUCGGGAUUAUAUCAUUUCUGUACAGCAGCGUGAAAAGGAUGCUAGCGGCCUCUUUACCUUAGCAGAGAAGAUAGGCGAGGUUUUGGCUCGGAUGCACGAUGAGGAUCUUAUACAUGGGGAUCUUACGACGUCCAACGUACUCUUGCGGCCGCCAGCAGAGAAGCUUGACCUCGUGCUGAUAGACUUUGGACUGAGUUUUAUAUCUGGCCUACCUGAGGAUAAAGGGGUUGAUUUGUAUGUCCUGGAGAAAGCCUUUCUUAGUACUCAUCCAAACACAGAGGCUCUGUUUGAAGCUCUGUUGAAGAAAUACGCAGCUAUGUCAAAAAAAUCGAGCCCAGUGAUCAAAAAAUUGGAUGAAGUACGACUAAGGGGAAGAAAGAGAUCCAUGGUUGGAUAGAAGCAAGCAGACUUUGUGGAAGGGUGGGGAAAUGACUUCUCAUGUUCUGCAAAGGUCUCCAGUGGCUUGUAUUCACUGUUUUGGUAACUUUCAGUCCAAUAAACCAGUUUAAUACAA